AGAUUACCCAUGUCACACUCAGUUGGUCCAAACGAUCACAUCGGCGAGGGCGAUUCGACUAUCGUUCUUGAUAUCCUACCAGCUGAGCUCGCGGAAGAUGCAUUCGAGAAGAUGAGACAGGAGGUGCAGUGGAAUACAAUGUACCACCGAGGUGGUGAGGUCCCAAGACUCGUAGCGGUCGAAGGUGAAGUAGCAGAAGACGGAAGCUUCCCCAUAUACCGCCACCCCGCCGACGAGUCCCCCGUGCUGCUCCCGUUCUCUCCGACAGUGUCCAAGAUCCGCGAGCACGUCCAGCGCGUGCUCAACCACCCCGUGAAUCACGUGCUGAUCCAGCACUACCGCAGCGGUGCGGACUACAUUUCGGAGCACUCGGACAAGACGAUCGACGUUGUGCGCGGAUCCAAGAUCGUGAAUGUGAGCCUCGGCGCGCAGCGCACGAUGACGCUCCGCACGAAGCGCGACCGCGACGCGGACACCGGGCGCGACGCGGGCACGCCAAGGCUAUCGCAGAAGGUGUCGCUGCCGCACAACUCGAUGUUCGUGAUGGGCCUGGAGACGAACGCGAAGUGGCUGCAUGGGAUCAACCAUGAUAAGCGCCCGCUGCAGUACAAGCCAGCUGCGGAGCAGUUUAAUGGCGGGGAGAGGAUAAGUCUGACGUUCCGACGGAUUGGGACGUUCCUGACGAAGGGCGAGACGCGUAUUUUUGGCCAGGGUGCGAAGGCGAAGAUGGCGGCCGACGCGCAGCCUGUGGUGAAUGGGACGGAUGAAGCUGCGAAGCUGCUGGAUGCGUUCGGGAGGGAGAACCAGACGAGCGACUUCGAUUGGGCGGAGACGUACGGGGAGGGCUUCGAUGUGUUGCACUUUACACCAAGGAAGGACUAA